CCGUCGCGACAGAAUCGGGUAGGACACUGUUCGGACUUGCUCUUUUUCUCUGAGUGCUUCGUCGGUCGCGUCGUGCACUGAAUCGUGUCACGUUUUUGGUUUCCUUCCCCGUCGGAGGAUGCGCUCGGUGACUGCACUGCCCUGAUCAUUUCAUUUCACACUCGUGCACUGAACAUGGACUUGAGAAUAAUGCUCCUCCUGUGCGUUUGUGUCGCUGCGAAGUUUAAUUUUCUGCUCGGCGAUCUGAUCGAAGACGCACCGACUCUGGGAUCACGGAACGCACCGAGAUUUUUAACCAAUCACUCAGUGACGAUUGCCGAGUACCCAGAACCACAAAACCACACAGUGUUUUUCUACAAACAGGAUGAUGAAGAAAUGUACGUUGGAGGAAAAGAAUUUGUGUGGAAACUAAACAUGAGUAACAAUGACGUCACAGAGAACUUGUUGACCACCGGACCCCUGGAAUGCCCGAAGGAUGUAAUCUGUGAAAACGUGGUCACAGUGAUCCAGGAGCUCAAUGGCGUCGUGUUCGUGUGUGGGACAAAUGGACUCAGACCUCACUGCUGGAACCUGUCUGCGUUACAAAACCACUCAUCACAAGGCUUUGACGGACAAGGCAUUUCUCCGUUCACAUACUCCCAGAAUUCCAUAUCUCUCACAGUAGAGGGGGACCUGUAUGCCGCCGCCCCACAAGAAAGUGACGGAAGCUCUCUGCAGUUCAGACGGAAAUCUGGCAGAAGAACCAACGUCAGGAUGUACCACAGCUGGGUUUUAGAGCCCACAUUUAUCGGUUCCUCGUGGGUGAAGCGGGAGAACGACCCAGACAACGAGAAGAUCUACGUGUUUUUUCGCGAAAAGAACUCGGACACCAACCCCGAGGCCGAGCAGUGGAUCUCGAGGGUGGCGCGGGUGUGUAAGGUGGACGAAGGAGGAUCCAAGCGUUUCUUUCAGAACAUGUGGACGUCUUUCAUCAAAGCUCGGCUGGUGUGCGGUUUUCCGGAGGAGUCUCUGUACUUCAGUCGUCUGCAGGACAUCUACGUUCAGCACGAGGACGACUGGAACAGAACCAGAGUCUACGCCAUUUUCACGAGCAGCUGGAACUCCACGGCCGUGUGCAUCUACACCAUCGGGAUGAUCGAGGAGGUUUUCGAGAAUUCCACCUUUAAAGGCUCCAACAAAGCGAUCCCCACUCCACGACCCGGACACUGUGUUAAAAACAGCAAGAAUCUCCCACUGGCCACUGUCAACAUGAUCAAGGACCACCCGGAGAUGUCAGACUGGGUCCACUCUGUGCAUUAUAAAGCCCCGUUCUACGUGAGCAGCUACAACUACACCAAGAUCACAGUGGACCAGGUCCGAGGAGCUGACGACAGCGUCUACAACGUCCUGCUUCUGGCCACUGACAGUUCCAAAAUCCAUAAGGUCUUGGAGGCGGGACCGAAGCCAGUGGUCGUCUCGGAAACGCGUCUCCCAAAUACCUCGACUGUGCUGUCGAUGAAACUGGACUCCGCCAAGAAGAAACUGGUGGUCGGUUUGCCGUCCUCCAUCGUGACCGUGGACCUGCAGUGGUGUGAGUACGGCUCUUCGUGUGAGGACUGCGUUUUGGCUCAGGACCCGUACUGCGCCUGGUCCACGGCGGCGUCCAGGUGCACGGCGGCCGCUCCAGGGAACAUCCAGAAAGUAAUGACUGGAAACCACACCGUGUGUCCACCAAAAGGUCAUCAGACGUAUAAUACUUCCUACGAGACAAGCACAGACAGGCUCGACUUCAGUGGAGAACACGAUCGUUAUGUCUCCUGGUCCCACCUUGAUGAGUCGCAGUCGCGCAGCAAACGGGAGGCACAGACCUCCCUGUCGGUUCACGUCGUGUCUCUGGACGUGCCCUUUUACCUCUCGUGCCCCAUCGACUCGUUCCACGCAGAGUACCACUGGGAGCACGGGGCCCUGCGGAGCCCCUGUCUGCAGAUGAAGUCCCACUGCCUCCACCUCAUCCCCGCCGUGACCCAGGAGCACUACGGCAGCUACAAGUGCGUGUCCCGGGAGCAGGGCUACGAGAAGGUGGUGAAGGAGUAUCUGCUCAAAGUCCAGGAGACGCGGGAGGUGGACAGCGGACGGGUCCCCGAAUCGGACACCGGAGAAGACACCAGAUCGGACACCGGAGAAGACACCAGAUCGGACACCGGAGAAGACAUUCGAGCUCACACGCCCAGGCUGAAAAACGCAGCACAGUCAGUGUCCCAGUGCGUGUGUCUAACGCUGGCGCUGCUCUUCGCAACUGUUUACCUCUAGCAUCCUAAAAUCUUGAAAAUAAUUGUUAAGAACUUUCGCUUUUCUUCCAGCUGAUGUCAUCAACAUUCCCUCGGGGAGUGACGCUGACUAAAGGCACUGACGGCGCUGCUCUGUUUGUUACUCAAUUUAUUUUAAUCUGAGUUUCGAUUACGAUUAUUAUUUAUCACAAUUUGACCACAAAGAACUGACUUAAUUAGAACUACAACAGGUGAUUUUGAGCUGAUUUGUGCUCUUAAAUAAGUUUCUCAAAAAAACGUAAGAGCUGCCGUAGAAACCAGGCCCCGGGGUCUAAGCAUGGCCGCCCGUUCAAGUCAACGGGCCGAGCUCAAUGCUGCAUGACACCAGAUUUGCCUUUAGCAGCGAGGUACUUCCUGUGGCUUUACCCGCAGUAGUGCUCUUUUCUCUCUUGGGCGCACGCCAAUGUACACGAGCGUUUGCACGAGGAGCGCGGCCUCUGUAUCACGUGAUAACUUUGUGAUCGCAGCUAGAGCAGAGCCAGAGCAAACGAUUUACAGCAUUAGUGUUACUAAUAUUUGCAUUGUGUUGCCGUGGUAAGUGCUGAACAUUUAACCACAGACAUGCAUACAGAACCAGCAGCAUGACGUCACAGCAAAAUAUCAAUAAGACAAAGAUCCUGUGAAUUUUCAUUCGACAGUUGAACCAAUCGAUAAAAUCCUCUCCAUUUUAGGUUCAUUUAUUUAUUGGUUUGUCAACAAAAGUACUUAAAGUAAUUUUCUGUUGGUUCGGAUCUAAGAGUGAGUCGACCUCUGAGACUUAAAGGCUGACUCGGCGUUUACGUAAUAUUGGCCAUCUAAUUUAAAGAUCCGCUAUUUAACUUUUUGAUGAUGAAGAUCAGCUCUUCUAAGUCUGAGGCCAUGGUUCUCGCCCGGAAAAAGGCGUCUUGUCGUCUCUGGGGUGGUGGAGAGUCUCUGCCUCAAGUGGAGGAGUUCAAGUAUCUCGGGGUCUUGUUCUCGAGUGAGGGGAGGGAGGACAGAACGUGAGAUUGACAGGUGGAUCGGUGCAGCGUCGGCAGUGAUGCGGUCGCUGUAUCGGACCGUUGUGGUGAAGAGGAGCUGAGUCGAAAGGCGAAGCUCUUGAUUUACUGUCAGUCUUCGUUCCUACUCUCACCUCUGGUCAUGAGCUCUGGGUAAUGACCGAAAGGACGAGAUCGACGAUACAAGCGGCAGAAAUGAGUUUCCUCCGCAGGGUGUCUGGGUGCUCCCUUAGAGAUAGAGUGAGGAGCUCAGUCACACGUGAGGAGCUCGGAGUAGAGCCGCUGCUCCUCCACGUCAAGAGGAGCAGCUGAGGCUCGGGCGUCUGUUCUGAUGCCUCCUGGGCGCCUCCCUUGGGAGGUGAUCCAGGCAUGUCCCACCGGGAUGAGGCCCCAGGGAAGACCCAGGACACGCUGGAGGGACUAUGUCUCUGGGCUGGACUGGGAACACCUCUGUUCCCCCCGGAGGAGCUGGAGGAAGUGUCUGGGGUGAAGGAAGUCUGGGAGUCCCUGCUUAGACUGAUGCCCCCGCGACCCGGCCCCGGAUAAACGGAAGAAAAUGGAUGGAUGUAACUUUUUUUUCUGGAAGGUCUCCCACCGUCUCUAUGAGAAGUUAUGACUUUUUUACCUCAAAGAAUCACAUUAAUCUCAUCCGUCAUAAAAAGACACAGUGCGCCUUUAAAAUCUCAAAGAAAGACAGGAAGGCGGAAUGUCGGUGUUUUGUUUUUGUUUUGAGAAGUGUGUAGAGAUUAAAUCAAAUACAUUUCUAUUUUUUAACAAUUGCACUGAGCAGGUCAUGAACCCGACUGUCCUCUGUGGACAGACGUGCUGCUCCUCCCUGGAAUGAAAAACUGGAAAAAGAAUGUCAGACCUCAGCCCAACAGUAAAACAUGACUGAAUACAUACAGUAUGACAUACAGUAUGUGCCUGUUUCACUUUUACCAACAAGUGUGUGUGGCAGAAAAAAAAAUCCAACUUAAAAACAGAACAAUUAAUACAGAAAAAUUUGAAAAAAUAUUUAACUCACAACUUAAUUUUUUGUGAUUACAAAAAUGAAGGUUAAUUUUCUUUUGACAUUGCACUUUUUAAACAUUUUAAUAUAUAUAUAUAUUUAUUUGUUGGAAGGACUGGGUAUAAUACUCCCUACAACCAGUGUUGUGAAGGUGACUUUUAAAAUGUAUUCCAAUACAGAUUACAGAUUACAUACCCCAAAAUGUAGUUUGUAACAGAAUCCAUUAAAUUACUUAAAGUGAGUAAUGUAAUCUGAAUACUUUGGAUUACUUGAUUUGCUGUAGAGAAGCAAAGACGAGAAAAUCGUGACAUAAGAUGUUUUGUCUGAUAAAAGAAAAUAAAAAGUCCAGACUUUACUGAACCAAAUUAAAAAUAGUAUUGGUAGAAGAAGAGACACGUCCACACAGCAGGAUUUAGUCCUGGUUUAGUUCUGGUUUAGUCCUGGUUUAGCACUAGUUUAGACCUGAUUUUAGUCCUGGUUUAGUCCUGGUCUAGUCCUGGUUUAGUCCUAGGUUUAGACCUGGUUUAGUCCUGGUUUAGCCCUGGUUUAAAUGUAGUUUAGACCUGGUUUUAGACCUAGUUUAAGACCUGGUUUAGAUCUGGUUUAGACCUGGUUUAUACAUGGUUUAGUCCUGGUUUAAUUCUCGUUUAAAACAGGAAAACACCGCUGUGUAAUCCAUUUAUUUCAACAAAGUAACUGUAAUCCAAUUACCACUCACUGAAACAGUAACUGUAACUGAAUACAGUUACUCAUAAUUUGUACUCUGAUUACAUAACUCCGGUACAUGUAAUCUGUUACUCCCCAACACUGAUUACAACACCAGUACAGACAGACAGACCAUGUUCUAAUGUUCCCUCUUGAAAAACAGAGGUGGAGUUGUGUUUCUCUUUGUAACUCUUUUUUAUUCGUCUGUCUACAUCUCCAAAGCUCAAAACGCUCUGUUCCAACUUGUGAUGUCAUGAAGUGGCAGUUUUCAACUUAAAAUCCACUUUUACCUUCAGUAGUUCAGUAGAGAUCGGCAGUUCCAGGGCUGAAAUCUUCCAAAUGAUUCUACUGAACGCGUAUUAGGUUUAAAAACGCAGUGGAGCACUUCCUGUAUGACUGCGUGACAUCACAAAUUGGAACAGAGUUUAUAGUUGGAGAGAAGAACUCAGCCUAAAUAUGCAAGUCAAACAGAAACAGUUGUUUUGAGAAAAAGAAUAAAAACCCACAAUUUAAUUUUCCUUUGUCCAGAAAUUUGACGUUGUACUUUGUAAGCGCUUUAAAAUCUUUAUAGUAUUUAUUUUUUAGUAUGAUUAUGCUGUGCUGUGCUAUAAUAAACUAUUUUUAUAUUAAUUGUCUCUUGUUUUGUUUAAAAAGAGUCUUCCUUUGAUGUUUAAGUUGGAUUCAGAUGGUAGAAUGUGGUUUUCCAGUGGACGGCCGUUAUAAGUCUACGGGACAUUCACUGUUUUUGAAAUAAAUGUGGUAAACAAAACAUGUUUCUCCUUCUCGUUAUUUUUUGUGAUGAACUUUUUUAUCAUUUGCAGUUAUACAUAUUUGAGUUUUUCUCUCUUUUAAACCCAACACCUCAACCUGAAACUUUCUAUUGAUGAGCAUCUGCAGAAAACACACACAUUAAAAUAUGUAUUUGAGUUCGGUCAAGUGGUAACGGAGGGAAACAGGGGCAGAUUUUUGACAUUCAAAUGUCUCUUAUUCAGAAACUAGAGGAACUAUUGAAAUAAGUAAAGUAUCAGAAUGUAGGAAAGAGUUACACUCCAACAGGGUCAAGUUAAACCUGUGAUAUUCUUUCAAGUUGUUGACAAAAUUUUUUUUAAAACUCAUGUUGGUAACGGAGGGAAUGAAAUAUGCAGCACUUUUUGGCCAUGCGUUUGUCUCCAGUAGGUUAGAUACUGUAAUGUCCUGCUCACUGGUCUCUCCAAAUGAGCUGUGAGACGC